ACUGUCAACAGCAAACAUUCGUAAACAUCAGUUAGAUGUGGAGAACUUUUUAGUUUGUUUAUUCUGUUCGCAUAAAACGAAAACUUAAAUAAUGUCGGCAACAUUCAAACUUGCUAAGCAGAAACAAAAUGACUUGAGACGUCUGAUGAACGAGCAGAAAUCCAAGCAGCAGGUUACAAUUCCGACCAAGAAGAUUGAUUCGCCUCUGGCCAAGUACAAUGAAUCUGGCCAGUUGAUGUGCGUUCUUUGCAAAUCGAUUGUACGUUCGGAGGACGUUUGGAAAGUUCAUGUAAACGCUAAGCUACACAAGCAGAACAUUGAAGAGGCAAAGAAGCUCAAAGAUAAAUUACAAGUAGCGACGACUCCUGCAAUGAAACGACCAGCCACACCACCUGUAGCCGAAGUGCCGCAAAAGAAACUGAAAGGAAUACUGAAAAAUGCAAACACUACAACCGCACCUUCAACUGUACCAACCGCAACCAAUUCGAUUCCAUCAGAUUUCUUCGAUUCCAAACCAGCGGUUCAGACUAGCAGUUACUUUGAAGCGACUCUGCAAAAAACGUCGAUCCGCAAAGAUCUUGUGAAUUUUAAUCGUGAGGAACGAAAUGUGGAGGCAAACGGAGCGAAUUCAGACGUUGUUAAAAUGGAAACUGAUGAGGUUCUACCUGAAGGGUUCUUCGACGAUCCAGUUAAGGAUGCUAAAGCUCGCAAUCUUGAAUACAAGGAUCCGGUAGAAGAAGAAUGGGAACGAUUUCAAAAGGAAAUAAAGGCUGCGGCUAGUUUGUCUAACGCCAUCAUCGCUGACGAUCAGGAGGAAGCGACAACAGAACGGCAAAUCGAUGAAAUAGACGAACAAAUCCGGAACUGGUCAAGGGUCGUGAGUUUAGAGAAGAAGAAGGAAACAGUGAAGGAAAAAGACGUCAACAUCUCGUCUAGAGCAGUAAAUUCCAGUAUCAAAACAAAUAGUGAUGAUGAUGAAGACGACGAUGACGACAAUUUUGAUGAAUAUAUCGACUGGCGUGCUAAAAAAUCAUACAAGAAAAAGAAUAAAUUGAUUUGAUGGAA